AUGGCCUCAGAAAACCUAGAAGCCCGGUUGAAUCAGGCUCUUUGCUCUCUACCAGCUGAAUUUGACUGCAGAUACACUUCCCAGGCUCGUAGCAAACUCCUUGAUAUCCUGUUUCGAUGCUUGACCAACGACCGCUCCGAUUACCUCGCUGAUCUAUUCCCAAAUGGCUUUCCCGAAUCAUAUAGUCUCGAGGAGGCUCAAGGAAGUCUCGAGCAGACUGAAUACACAGAGGCUGCCAGAGGUCAUCCUUGUGGUCAUAUUCUGAGACCUGGAGAAGCUACUUAUGCUUGUUCGACCUGUUCUGAUGACCCUACGUGUAUAUUGUGUUCGAGGUGCUUCACUGCCAGCGACCACGAAGGUCAUGCUGUCGACAUCAAUAUCAGCAAUGGCAAUGGUGGCUGCUGCGACUGUGGCGACGAAGAAGCAUGGAAGAGACCGGUCAUAUGUGCGAUACAUACAGUCAGAGACAGCAUUGACAACGCUCAGCCGGCUGCAUCACAACUUCCUGUGGACCUGGCUGAUGCCGCUCGUGCCACUGUAGCCCGCGCACUCGACUACUUUUGCGACGUUAUAUCUUGCUCCCCCGAAAACCUGCGAGCCACGAAGACCCGCGAAACAGUCGAGCAGGACGAAAGGCGUAGCAGGUUAGAUCCUGCUACAUACACUUACAAUGAUCUUACUGAAGAGAAGCCUGAGUAUAACCUAGUCAUGUGGAACGACGAAAAACAUACUAUGGAUGAGGUACAGGACCAAGUCGCGAGAGCCUGCCGUGAUCGCCGAAGAAUCGGCCUUCUGAGGGCUGAAGAAGCGAACGAACUUGGACGCAGCAUUGUCAGUCAGUCUCACGACCUGCAAGAGCUGUUACGCCGAGCAAAGAUUAUUGAAGAAAUCAAGAUUACCGUUACCCUUCGCUCAGCCCGUGAUACUUUUCGAGAGCAGAUGUGUGGCACGAUCCUCGAAUGGCUCAGCGACAUCGCUGGCUGUGUCAUUCAGGGCAACGCUUCUUUCUUACGCCAAACUAUCUGUGAAGAGAUGCUCCAAGUGUGGCGUGUAGGCAGUGAGGCUUGGAAUGCUCGUAUAGGUCGUGAAGGACUUGACGACAACCAGUCAGACGAGGAAUCUUUUCGGGUGUUCCCGGACUCGAUCCAGAUUUUGCUUCAAAGAAAUCAGCAGGUCAUGGUACCCAUCGAGGACGAUGACGACGAUGAAGACAUGGAUGAAGACAUCGACGGCCCCGAUCUUGUUGAAGUUGAGGGGGAAGACGACGAAGACGAUUUUGAACAAAUCGAUCCACAGAUGAUUGGGACUAUUCUGGCUCAGCGAGAAACCGACACAGCUCGUGCCCAGACGGAAAUAGUCAGUGACCUCGAUGAAAUGGAUACUGAUGGCGACAAUGAUUUCUUGGAUGCUGCUGAAAGAAUGGAAGAUGCUGAUGAAGCCGUUCCUCCACCACCUCCAGCAGGCGCACCAAUCAUGGAACCCGAGCCUGCCAUUGCUGUAGCUCACGAUGAGCUUUCCCGUCAUCCUUCAAUGACUCUUAGCCAAGGAGACAACAUGAAUUUCAGGAAUGUACCACGCACUCCAGGCAUUGGUACUAAUCCAGGCCGCCGAAACACGCGUGCUGACGCCUUACACUGGAGAGCUCCUGUCGAUUCUGCGCGGAAAACUGCUGAGGCAUCCUUGCCUGUCUGGGAAGAUCUGCGAAAGAACAUCCGUCUCGACGCUAUGAUCCUGUUUGACCUGCGCUUGUGGAAAAAGCUGCGAGAAAAGCUUCGCAGUCUUCUUAUCUCGACCAUGAUCAAAGUGCCCCAGUUCAAACGCUUACUGGGUCUGCGCUUCGCAGGUCUAUACACCACUUUGGCUCAAUUGUAUCUCAUUGCUGAUCGUGAGCCGGAUCACUCCAUCCUUCACCUCUCUGUACAGAUACUCACGACCCCGUCAAUAGCAGAGGAAGUGAUACAAAGAGCAAAUUUCCUCACCAACCUCAUGGCAAUCCUGUACACGUUCCUCACAACUCGACAAGUUGGCUUUCCAGAGGAAGUCGAUCCUGACGCUACUCUAGGCUUUGAUGCCGGCUCUGUCGCCAACCGGAGACUGCUUCAGUUCUUUAGUGAUCUACGAUAUUUCUUGAGCUCGCCCUUUAUUCGAGAUCGGGUACGAGUUGAGAAGCAGUAUCUCAUGCAAUAUCUCGAUUUAGCUAAACUUUCACAAGGGAUCUGUCCUAACAACAGGGCUAUUGGUGAGCAUGUCGAAUAUGAGGCAGAUACAUGGAUUAGUGCUUCUCUACUGACCCGCGAGAUCAACAAACUUUGCCGUCAGAUUACCGAAGCCUACCAAGGUUGCGGUAAGAAGUCUGGCAUAGACGAAUACCUCAGCGAUGCCAUCCGUCAAAGCACCAUCACAACCCUCCUGGUUUGUAGUGGUCUUGACGAUUCACGUCGCGAACAAAGCGAGAUCAAGAACAGGAUCAGUUUCCACAAGGUUGGGCCGUUCCCAGGCUGUCCCCAGCAGUUCAAGACUGUGGAUUUUGUUGUGGAGAGAGGCAUACUUAGCUUCCAUCAUCCUUUGCACUAUACGGUGUCAUGGUUGAUUGAGCAUGGCAGGGAAUCGUUCCAGACAAUCGAAGUCCUUCAACGUACUGCAAAUGAGCUUGUCGAACGGUUUAUCGAAACUGCACAACAUAGCCGUCGCAUACCACUGCACACCUUGUACGCUACUGGUGAAGACGCCUUGUUGGGGAUUUUCGACUACCCGUUGAGAGUGUGUGUAUGGCUUGCACAGAUGAGAGCUAAUAUGUGGGUUCGCAAUGGCAUGAGUCUCCGACAUCAAAUGACACAAUACAAAAGUGUCACGUACAGAGACCUCGGCUACCAUCGUGAUUUAGUGAUGCUACAGACAGCCUUUGUAACCUGCGACCCUGAACGGUUCCUUAGCUCUAUGAUUGAUCGAUUUGGCCUCGUGCCGUGGGUUUCUGGCACUUUCCAGCCAACACCGGACGCCGACGAGUCGCAGCUUAUGGAUAUUGCUGAGGACUUUGCAUAUUUGAUGAUCAACAUACUUUCAGAUCGAGACUCGUUGGGUACUUCUACCGACGAUCCCGACAAUCAGCUCGCAAUACUAAGGAAGGAUAUUGCUCAUACAUUGUGCUUCAAGCCACUAUCAUACACAGACUUGACCAAUCGACUCACCGAGCGAGCACAAGAUGCCGAGCAAUUACAGCAGGUUUUGGAAUCGAUGACGACCUUCAAGGCUCCUGAAGCCCUUAACGAUUCUGGUCUGUUCGAGCUGAAGCCAGAGCAUCUUCAAGAACUAGACCCCUACAACUCGCACUUCAACAAGAACCAGCGAGACGAGGCGGAGAGUAUAUACAAGAAUUGGAUGGCUAAGAAGACAAACAAGAAGCCGGAAGAUAUUGUCCUUGAACCAAAACUCAGCCCCAUCAAGUGUGAGGCUUACAAAAAUCUGUGCGAUGUCAUCCACACACCUUUGUUCACAUCAAUGCUGUACUCUAUGCUUUCUCAUCCUAUGUUGAGUCAUGGCGGGAAGAAGGCUAUCACUUCUUCAAGAGCUGAGUCAUUCCUACAAACCGUAUUGCAUCUCAUCUUGGUAGCCACUAUUGAGGAUCAGUCAAGCGAAGAGGAGAGCACAAAUUCGCAAUCAUUGUUCAUCAAGAAUGCCUUGACACAGAAAGUAGGGCAAGCAGGCGAGACCAUCGUAACACGCUUGCAUGGCCUCUGGCUUUCUGAGGACUUCUCCCUGUGCCGAAGUAAAGUCAGGCAUAUCCUGAGAAUUUUUAGGAAGAAGUGGCAGGGCGCAUUUCAUGAACACGACCUCGAUUUUGAAGCUGCGCGGCUCGAUGCUCCUUCACCAGCCAAUCUCGACGUCGAUUUCGAAGCCAAGAAGAGACAGGCUGUUGAACGAAAAGCGAAGAUCAUGGCCCAAAUGCAACAGCAACAGCAGAGUUUCAUGAGCAACCAGGGCAUGACUGAUUGGGACGAUGAUGAGAUGAGUGAAACUGAGUUUGAAGCCGCAGGCUCUACCGAGACCAGGCAGUGGAAAUUUCCUACUGGUGUUUGUAUUCAGUGCCGCGAGGAAACGAAUGACAGUCGCUUCUAUGGGACAUUCGCCAUGGUCACUGACGGUCAUUUGUUGAGAGAAACGCCUCCCGACGAUGCCGAUUUUGUGCAAGAAGUACUUGUUAGCCCUGACAAUCUCGAUGAGUCAAACGAGGGCUCGAGACCUUUCGGAGUUGCAGGAGCUAACGUGGAGCGAAUCAAACGGUUCGCCUCCAACGGCAGUGAGUCCGUCGUUGAGAGGAGAGUGCUGAGCGGGGGCUGGCCUAAGAGUUCGACGUUGAAGCAAGCCAUAUCCUCGAGUUGUGGACACAUCAUGCAUUUCAGCUGUUUCGAGAACUACUAUGAAUCGAUCAGAAGAAGACAUGCCAAUCAAGUUCAGCGAUGCCAGCCUGAACGUAUCUCUCAGAACGAAUUCGUCUGUCCUUUGUGCAAAGCACUUGCCAAUGUUUUCCUGCCGGUUGUGUACAAAGCCACUGAGCAAUCAUAUCCGGGCUGCUUGGAAAGUGAAUCGUCAUUCGAGAUGUUCACUGAUGAGAUGCUACCUGCAAUGAGGACAAGCUUCGAGAGUCUUGAGCAAGGACAGAAACUCUCGUCGCAUCUCAUUGACGUUGAGAGGACAAUGCAUCUCCAAACCGUGACAACUUUCACGACGAACGCUAUGGCCACGUUGUCGAGAUCUAUCGCUGAACUUACUGAAAUGCCACUAGAUUUGUCUGAGCUCCCAGGUUUACACGCUUUGGUGGACCUGAGCACGAUUUAUAGGCGAUUACGAAACACUUUCGAGAUAGUCAAUGGCUCUAACCUGGGCAUGCCUCAAUCUGUGGGCUGGUUCUUGGACUUGAUGGCCAACUCAGUCACGGCUGUCGAAAUUGGCUUACGUGGACGGCCCUCUGCAGGAGCUUCGCUCAUUGAUGCCAUACCAGCUCAGACUCUGAGCCACUUACAGGUCCUUGCUUCCUCGCUGAAUUGCUAUGCAGCUACACUUACGAUGGUGGAGAAGACGGGAGAGGACGCUGCUUCUUUUUAUCCUUAUCAGGUCUUAGUCAAAGAGAUGGCACGUAUGUUAUUCCCAGGUCAGCGGUCGACUAUGUCUUUUCUCAAGAUGGACGGAUUUAACACGUUCGUCGCUGAGUCGUUCGUACUUGGGCGCAUGCAAGGUAUACCGAUCGUACACUUGCUCCGCUUGUGCUUAAUUCAAGAAAUGGUUCGGGUUGCUGUAUGGUGGCUGAAAAUCCGCACACCCGCAUUGCCUUCUGAAGCAAUGCUCACGAGGUCGAGCUCAUCUCGCACCGUCAGCUUGUCGAAGGAUGACUACAGGGCUAUGGGGAAUUUCGUGUUCUGGCUUAUGUCUUCCUUGCCAACGACAGCCAAUUCGCCGCUGCCAUCUGUGAACGAGAUUGAACCGCUCUACAAGGCACUGCGGACGUAUGCAUUGUCAUUUAUGCGCAAAGCUGUCGUCUUACUGCAUUCUGCACAUGGUGUUGACUUUCCACCUUCCACUGCACUUGCAGGGAGGCCAGAGCUAGACAGACUACUAGGACUAUGCAAGUUACCUAGUCUGACCAGCAUCCUGGGAGACUUCUCGGAGUUCACGGAAUCCAAUACCCUUCCUCGACUGGUACGAUCCUGGGUCUCUGUAUACCAUACUCAGAGCAGCACAGAAAGUGAAACCUUGAUCAAGCUAAUGCAUCCUGCACCAUUCGAGCUUAUAGGUCUUCCUCAAUACUACGACACUCUGCUUGAGGAAUGCCAGAAGCGCAAGUGUCCCACGACUGGUAAAGGGCUCACAGAUCCAGCGCUUUGUCUUUUCUGUGGUGAUAUCUUCUGUUCGCAAGCCUGGUGUUGUAUGAAAGACAAGAUUCGUGGAGGUUGUAACCACCACAUCGAAGACUGCUCAGCGCCAGUUGGGGCGUACCUGUUCAUUCGCAAGUGCAACAUCGUUCUACUGGAUGUUCGGAAAUACCAUAAAAAUCGCAACCUAACAGAGGGCGAGGAAUCUCACUCUGUACGAGACGUGUCAUCUGCGCAUGGUUCUUUCUUUCCGGCACCUUACUUGACGAAACACGGAGAAACCGAUCAAGGUCUACGAACAAAGCAUCAGCUGAUACUCAAUCAGAAGCGCUACGACAAGCUGGUGCGAGACGUGUGGCUUAUGCUCAACGGCACCAUCUGGAGUGCGAUUGCUAGAAAGUUAGAGGGCGACCUGAAUGCAGGGGGUUGGGAGACGUUCUAA